AUGACCCUGUCCUCCUGUGGCGGCUGUCGCACGGAGCUGAGCAAGGGCGGAGCUCCGGGGCUCGUGGCAGUGAGUGCCACACGCGCCAUCCAGAGCAAGGGCGGAGCUCCGGGGCUCGUGGCAGUGAGUGUCACACGCGCCAUCCAGAGCAAGGGCGGAGCUCCGGGGCUCGUGGCAGUGAGUGCCACACGCGCCAUCCAGAGCAAGGGCGGAGCUCCGGGGCUCGUGGCAGUGAGUGUCACACGCGCCAUCCAGAGCAAGGGCGGAGCUCCGGGGCUCGUGGCAGUGAGUGCCACACGCGCCAUCCAGAGCAAGGGCGGAGCUCCGGGGCUCGUGGCAGUGAGUGCCACACGCGCCAUCCAGAGCAAGGGCGGAGCUCCGGGGCUCGUGGCAGUGAGUGCCACACGCGCCAUCCAGAGCAAGGGCGGAGCUCCGGGGCUCGUGGCAGUGAGUGCCACACGCGCAUCAAGAGCAAGGGCGGAGCUCCGGGGCUCGUGGCAUGAGUGCCACACGCGCCAUCCAGAGCAAGGGCGGAGCUCCGGGGCUCGUGGCAGUGAGUGCCACACGCGCAUCAAGAGCAAGGGCGGAGCUCCAGGGCUCGUGGCAGUGAGUGCCACACGCGCCAUCCAGAGCAAGGGCGGAGCUCCGGGGCUCGUGGCAGUGAGUGUCACACGCGCCAUCCAGAGCAAGGGCGGAGCUCCGGGGCUCGUGUCAGUGAGUGUCACACGCGCCAUCCAGAGCAAGGGCGGAGCUCCGGGGCUCGUGGCAGUGAGUGCCACACGCGCCAUCCAGAGCAAGGGCGGAGCUCCGGGGCUCGUGUCAGUGAGUGCCACACGCGCCAUCCAUAGCAAGGGCGGAGCUCCGGGGCUCGUGGCAGUGAGUGCCACACGCGCAUUAAGAGCAAGGGCGGAGCUCCGGGGCUCGUGGCAUGAGUGCCACACGCGCAUCAAGAGCAAGGGCGGAGCUCCGGGGCUCGUGGCAGUGAGUGCCACACGCGCCAUCCAGAGCAAGGGCGGAGCUCCGGGGCUCGUGGCAGUGAUUGUCACACGCGCCAUCCAGAGCAAGGGCGGAGCUCCGGGGCUCGUGGCAGUGAGUGCCACACGCGCCAUCCAGAGCAAGGGCGGAGCUUCGGGGCUCGUGGCAGUGAGUGUCACACGCGCCAUCCAGAGCAAGGGCGGAGCUCCGGGGCUCGUGGCAGUGAGUGCCACACGCGCCAUCCAGAGCAAGGGCGGAGCUCCGGGGCUCGUGGCAGUGAGUGCCACACGCGCCAUCCAGAGCAAGGGCGGAGCUCCGGGGCUCGUGGCAGUGAGUGCCACACGCGCCAUCCAGAGCAAGGGCGGAGCUCCGGGGCUCGUGGCAGUGAGUGCCACACGCGCAUCAAGAGCAAGGGCGGAGCUCCGGGGCUCGUGGCAUGAGUGCCACACGCGCCAUCCAGAGCAAGGGCGGAGCUCCGGGGCUCGUGGCAAUGAGUGCCACACGCGCAUCAAGAGCAAGGGCGGAGCUCCGGGGCUCUUGGCAGUGAGUGCCACACGCGCCAUCCAGAGCAAGGGCGGAGCUCCGGGGCUCGUGGCAGUGAGUGCCACACGCGCAUCAAGAGCAAGGGCGGAGCUCCAGGGCUCGUGGCAUGAGUGCCACACGCGCAUCAAGAGCAAGGGCGGAGCUCCGGGGCUCGUGGCAGUGAGUGCCACACGCGCCAUCCAGAGCAAGGGCGGAGCUCCGGGGCUCGUGGCAGUGAGUGCCACACGCGCCAUCCAGAGCAAGGGCGGAGCUCCGGGGCUCGUUGAGUGCCACACGCGCAUCAAGAGCAAGGGCGGAGCUCCGGGGCUCGUGGCAGUGAGUGCCACACGCGCCAUCCAGAGCAAGGGCGGAGCUCCGGGGCUCGUGGCAAUGAGUGCCACACGCGCAUCAAGAGCAAGGGCGGAGCUCCGGGGCUCUUGGCAUGAGUGCCACACGCGCAUCAAGAACAAGGGCGGAGCUCCAGGGCUCGUGGCAGUGAGUGCCACACGCGCCAUCCAGAGCAAGGGUGGAGCUCCGGGGCUCGUGGCAGUGAGUGUCACACGCGCCAUCCAGAGCAAGGGCGGAGCUCCGGGGCUCGUGGCAGUGAGUGCCACACGCGCCAUCCAGAGCAAGGGCGGAGCUCCGGGGCUCGUGGCAGUGAGUGCCACACGCGCCAUCCAGAGCAAGGGCGGAGCUCCGGGGCUCGUGGCAGUGAGUGCCACACGCGCCAUCCAGAGCAAGGGCGGAGCUCCGGGGCUCGUGGCAGUGAGUGCCACACGCGCCAUCCAGAGCAAGGGCGGAGCUCCGGGGCUCGUGGCAGUGAGUGCCACACGCGCCAUCCAGAUAAGGGCGGAGCUCCGGGGCUCGUGGCAUGAGUGCCACACGCGCAUCAAGAGCAAGGGCGGAGCUCCGGGGCUCGUGGCAGUGAGUGCCACACGCGCAUCAAGAGCAAGGGCGGAGCUCCGGGGCUCGUGCCAUGAGUGCCACACGCGCCAUCCAGAGAAAGGGCGGAGCUCCGGGGCUCUUGGCAGUGAGUACCACACGCGCCAUCCAGAGCAAGGGCGGAGCUCCGGGGCUCGUGGCAGUGAGUGCCACACGCGCAUCAAGAGCAAGGGCGGAGCUCCGGGGCUCGUGGCAGUGAGUGCUACACGCGCCAUCCAGAGCAAGGGCGGAGCUCCGGGGCUCGUGGCAGUGAGUGCCACACGCGCCAUCCAGAGCAAGGGCGGAGCUCCGGGGCUCGUGGCAGUGAGUGCCACACGCGCAUCAAGAGCAAGGGCGGAGCUCCGGGGCUCGUGGCAUGAGUGCCACACGCGCAUCAAGAGCAAGGGCGGAGCUCCGGGGCUCGUGGCAGUGAGUGCCACACGCGCCAUCCAGAGCAAGGGCGGAGCUCCGGGGCUCGUGGCAGUGAGUGCCACACGCGCCAUCCAGAGCAAGGGCGGAGCUCCGGGGCUCGUGGCAGUGAGUGCCACACGCGCCAUCCAGAGCAAGGGCGGAGCUCCGGGGCUCGUGGCAGUGAGUGCCACACGCGCCAUCAAGAGCAAGGGCGGAACUCCGGGGCUCGUGCCAGUGAGUGCCACACGCGCCAUCCAGAGCAAGGGCGGAGCUCCGGGGCUCGUGGCAGUGAGAUGGGUUCGCCCGAGCCACAGUCUCACCUGGCUGAAGGGGUCGUCGGGGUCAUGGGUCAGGGGUCAGGAGUGGGAGCGGGAGGGGCGGUGGCAACACGGGCUCAUCAGCAGAUUGCCUGGCACUCAGCUCCGAGUCACCAGGCGCGCCUCACGGGAGUCGCUCAUCUGCGCAGAUCCGCGCUGCGCCCGCUGCGACGGCGACUGCUAUCAGCACACGGCCUCGCCUCGCCCUCAGUUUGGUCUUAGUCACUAUCAGCAGCAUGAUUUGUUCUGGAACAGACAGGCUGUUGUGAAACUCAUAAGCUUGGCCAAAGGAUUGGCAUGA